AUGGUAUACCGUGAGAGUCUGUCCGCUGACUCGACGCUGUCACUUUUCGACACAGAAGUUACCGCCGUGAAAGAAGCCCUCAAAAACUACGCUUUCCCUACUAACAGCACGCUUCUCGGAAAAUCUUUGGAUACUCACAGAUAA